GUUCGAAAUGGAAAGUGAAAUUGCUCCUGAGUUAGAAAUCCGAUUCCCACUCUUUUGAAAGGGAAACGAAAGCGACAACAUCCUUGUGUAAGGUGAAGUCUCUAUUGCAUCUCGAUCAUCCUGAAGAAGGAGGAAAAACCCAGUUUGAACUCGCGAUGUCAACAUGCUAGUGAAGCCUGACUAUUUGUUGUGGAAGUUCCUUUCACAAACAGGCGGAUACGCAUCAGGAAGUCCGUGAAACAACGAAUGCCUUUGGAUGCUAGAAAACGGCACUAUUUAUUAGAAGACAAAUACUUUCACGAAUAGUGGGCCAUCUGUUAUCAACGUCACUCGGGCGUUGUAAUUCUUGUCGUAAAAAUGAAGACAUACGAAUAUAGAAAUAUUCUCGAUGGCUAUGUGUGAUUUUGUUUUCUCCAAAAAUGGAUAGCUUCGACGACGAAUUGCAUUGGUUCCUGGGGGAGCUAAGGCUGACCCAGUAUUACCCCCGGGCGCGAGAUUGGUGCCGUGACAUGGGUGCUGGUUUCCUGCACGAGAUUGCGACCGAAGAGCUAGCAAAUUUUCUACAGCUGCGACCGCUCGAGCGACGCCGAUUUCUGUCCGCUGGCAAGGAGCUUUGCGAAAUAGCUGCAGAUGACGACGCCGAGCCCUCUGGCGAACAAAGCCGAGAGCUGCUGGCUGAAACGAAAAAAGGGUGCGUACCAUCAAGCUAUGAGCCACCUCCUCCUGCUUCAUCUACUCAGCAACGCCAAGCGACCGUUGACGUCGUUGUGCAAAAGGCGAUCGCAGCGAGGACAGGCGGGAUAUCCCCAAGAAGGAGAGCGACAACGGAUCAGACUCCCGACGAUGAGGGCACCGACCUCAGCCUCGCACAAAAAUUUUCCCAGCACCUCCGGCUCGAUAAUCACUAUAACGCGGACGGCAGUGCAGCAGGAGCAGCUCUCAGCAGUAGGCCGAGCGCAGAGCCAAGUGCGAACCGGUAUAGUGACCAGUUCGAUCGCCCUGGUUCUCUUUAUGAAAACGCACAUGGGGUGUUGCGCCAGCCUCAAGAACCACCGCAAGUCAAUCUUAAUCUCACCGGCGUGAGGAAGCGAACCGGAUCCAGCUGUCACGCUGAGGAUCUCGCGUAUCGUGAUGCGUACCUCUCGCCUGGACGAGGUCACUCCGAACGGAGAGAGGGAGCGACGCCAACGAGUCGACACAGUAUCAGUUCGUCUUCCCGAUCCUUUUCGCCGAGAAACCAGAGCCUGCUGGGCGUCAAGAAUACAUCUUCGUCCGGAGCGGGAGGUGCACCUGUAUUUCCCAUUAAGCCAAAGCGAGUCCGCACAAAUUGGGCGCGCCCAUACUACCUCCGGCCCCAGAAUGCUCAGCGACCUGGUGACCGCGACCGGCGCGAGGACUACACUGGAGGGACAGCUAGAAGUGUGGCGGGUGAUGAUCGGAGCUCCAGCUUCAGAGCGCACUACCCGAUGAUUGCGAAGCACAACGAGCUAAACCGGACGGCGGAAAAUGUCGCUGCGGCAUUUGUGGAAAGCGACGAGACGCCUAGUCGGCUGCUGAAGAAAAAAUUCACGAAUGCUAAUGCAGCUGGUGAUCUCGAUCAAGAGCAACUCGCUGAGUUGGGAAUCGCAGAAGACGACUUAGUCUGCACCUGGUGCCGACGAAGCACCAAAACAGGCAUUGCAGUCCCUACAGCAACAGACCCGGACGACAGGAGCUAUGCGCCUUCGGGAGCAGCAUACAGCGAGCCUCUGCCCUGGCACCAGGUGCGCCUGAAACCGGGCGACUUCGUGCGCGACGAAGAGACCGAGGCGGUUUACUGCAAGGCGUGCUGGAGCGGUCCAACCGGUGCGACAGGGGGGGCAGAAGAUGAUUCUUGGAGCAGCGCUAGUUGUUUCGAUCAUGCUAACCUGACCGACAAUUCAAGCACUACCUUCUUCACGACUACAACAACCGACAACACGAGCGGCGCAAAUGGGAAACGUUUCUACUCGCAGUACUACGAUGCUGACCAACAGAUGAAUAAAGAGAACAUUGAUGUGGAAAUCAUUGUGUCUCAAAAUCUGGAGGCCCUGUUUCGAAAGUACCAACCUGAAAGUGCUUUUGACCUGAUGCAAGUAGCUACCCGAGAAUUCUCUUGCAGCCAGCUGCAACACAUGCUGCGGACGCUGGGGGAUGAGGAACUUAUUGACAUCUGCCUGCGAAAAUUGCAUACGUAAUGUAAAUGCGAAGACAAAGCGCACGCUGGCAACGUUCCUCCACAGGUUUUACACGGACAACAUGAUGAAAGCAGAAUAUCCUUACCCUCUCUAGUAGCGUCAUGAAUAGACUUAUUGCUCUGUAAACUUAACGACACAACGAUCAGACUCUUAUAAUUUCGCGACUUCUCUUCGAAUGAGACCACACAAUUAACGACACUCAUAAUUUUUACUCGAUGGAAGUGGCACGAGGUACAUGGCUCCACUUUCG